CACAUGAUCGCUCGGCCCGGGCAAAAUGGCGGCGCCCAUGCGGACGCGUGUUUAGCGGGCUCGUAUUUUUUUUCCCCCUUCGAGCGGCCGCCUCUGAGGCCAGAAUGUCGCGGCUGAUUGUGAAGAAUCUGCCCAACGGGAUCAAGGAAGAACGCUUUCGCCACCUCUUUGCCGCUUUUGGGACGCUGACCGAUUGCUGCUUGAAAUUCACCAAGGAUGGCAAAUUCCGCAAAUUUGGGUUUAUUGGCUUUCAGUCGGAAGAAGAUGCCAAAACCGCCCGGUCUCAUUUCAACAAAAGCUUCAUAGACACGUCCAGAGUCACGGUUGAAGUAUGUAAGUCUUUUGGGGAUCCAUCAAAGCCUAAAGCUUGGAGCAAACAUUCAAGUAAGCCCCAGCUGUUAAAGGAAACCUCUAAAAAACCCACAAAGAAUUCAGACCACGUGGAAAAGAAACAAGAUGGAGCAAAGAAGAAAAACAAAGCAGGACAACUGAAAGAGCUGGAAGGAGAACCAGCGUUUCAAGACUUCUUGGCAGUCCAUCAGAAACGGUCCCAGGUUGCAACUUGGUCCAACGACACAAAAGCGGAGGAACGUGCUGAGGUGGUUGAAGAUUAUCUGAACUUCGAUUCCGAUGAGGGCUCGAGCGAGGAGAUGGAUGCGGCGGUUGCGCCAAGGAAGGGCGAAAGCUCUCCGAGCAAGGAGCUCUCCGACAUGGAUUAUUUGCGAUCCAAAGUGGUGAAGGGGGACGAAUCCUCACCUUCGUCGGCAGAGGAGAGCGAGGCCGAGGAGAUGGACAGUGAGGCAUCUGAUGGAGGAGGAGAAGAGGUGGAAGAGAAGACCAGCCUCAAGCCAAGUGCUGCUUCUAACAGCAAGACCAGACUGACCGGAAAAGUCAAUGUCCAGAAUCUCACUGAGGACACCAAGGGUACCAAAAUGACAUCACAGGAAAACGGAUCGGUCGUUGCCGGUGAGCCCACUACGGCAUUCACAGUGAAAAUGCGGGGGGCCCCAUUUAAUGUCACAGAGCAAAACGUGAAGGAGUUUUUUGUGCCACUUUGUCCCCUGGCAAUCCGGAUUGCAAGGAACGCACACGGGAACAAGACAGGCUACGUAUUUGUCGAUUUUAACACGGAGGAAGAACAACAGAAAGCCCUAAAGAGGGAUCGAGAAUACAUGGGCGGUCGGUACAUUGAGCUGUUUCCAGAAGAGAAGAGCGCUAAGGGGAAGCCCUCUGAGAAGGGAUCCGGCCAGAUCUGGCAAAGGACCAAAAAAGAAGAUGAGGAAGAAGAAGAUCUUUCGGAAUCCGGAAGGCUCUUCGUGAGGAACCUUCCUUACACCUGCACUGAAGAGGAAUUGGAGGCCAUCUUUGCCAAACACGGGCCUCUCUCCGAGAUCCACUUCCCUAUUGAUGGUCUGACCAAGAGGCCCAAAGGCUUUGCGUUUGUUACCUACAUGUUUCCUGAGCAUGCUGUGAAGGCCUUCGCAGAAGUGGAUGGACAGGUUUUCCAGGGCCGAAUGUUGCACGUGUUGCCUUCAACCAUCAAGAAGGAAGAAGUGGAGAGUUCCGAUGCUGCAGGGUCGUCUUCGUACAAGAAGCAAAAGGCCUCAAAAGAUAAAGCAAACAGCUUGAGCUCUCACAACUGGAACACCCUCUUCAUGGGAACGAAUGCCGUGGCAGACGCUGUGGCGCACAAAUACAACGCGACCAAGAGUCAAGUGCUGGAUCACGAAGGCAAGGGCAGCGUGGCGGUGAGAGUGGCGCUGGGGGAAACAGAGCUUGUGCAAAACGUGCGCAGGUUCCUGCUUGACAAUGGAGUCAGUCUGGAUUCUUUCAGCCAGGCGGCUGGAGAACGGAGCAAGACGGUGAUUUUGGUGAAGAACCUGCCUGCCGGCACGAAGGCGGAGGAGCUGGAGGAAGUCUUUGGGCCUUUCGGUAGCCUGGGGCGAGUCCUGCUGCCCGAAGGAGGAGUGACAGCCAUCGUGGAGUUCCUGGAACCCACCGAAGCCAAAAAGGCAUUCACCAAGUUGGCCUACUCCAAGUUCCAGCAUAUCCCUCUCUACCUCGAAUGGGCGCCCAUGGGGGUCUUUUCUGGUCCUGGGAGAAAAAUGUCAGAGGUCGAAGAGCAAAAGGAAGGCGAGGAACAAACCCAGAGAGGGGUUUCUGAAAAAAGUGAUGCUCCGAAGGAAAUGGAGGAGGAGGAGGAGGUGGAGCAGGAGGAGGAGGAGGAAGAAGAAGAAAAAAGCCUUCCAGGCUGUACCAUUUUCAUAAAAAAUCUUAACUUCAGCACUACAGAAGAUACACUAAAAGAGGUUUUUUCCAAAGCUGGCGUUGUGCGGAGUUGCACCAUCUCAAAGAAGAAAGAUAAAACCGGCAACCUCCUCUCCAUGGGAUUUGGAUUUGUGGAGUACAAGAAACCGGAAUACGCCCAGAAAGCGGUCAAGCAAUUACAGGGUUGCUCCGUGGAUGGCCAUCAGCUGGAAGUGAAAAUCUCAGAAAGAGCCACCAAGUCCACCGCGGCAACCGCUCGUAAGAAGCAAGUCGGCAAGAAGCAAGUGAAUUCCAAGAUUUUGGUGCGGAAUAUCCCCUUCCAGGCCACGGUGAAGGAGAUCAGAGAACUCUUCAGCACCUUUGGAGAGCUGAAAACGGUCCGGCUGCCGAAGAAGAUGUUCGGAACGGGAACUCAUCGCGGCUUCGGCUUUGUGGAUUUCCUGACCAAACAGGAUGCCAAGAGAGCGUUCGGCGCCCUGUGCCAUAGUACCCAUCUGUACGGCAGGAGGCUGGUCCUGGAAUGGGCGGAUUCAGAGGAAACCGUGGAGGCCCUGAGAAGAAAAACGGCAGAGCGUUUUCACGAUCCCCCCGUCAAGAAACAGCGAACAGCUAUUUUAGAAGAAAUCUUGGAGAACCUAGAGGAUGAUGAAGGAGACAAUGAGGAGAAUAGCUAGAAUCGUCACUUCGAAACCUAAAGAGCCAAACGAUAAUCGAGGAGACAACAGGAAGACAACCAAUGUUUUAAAAUUCCAAUUGGAUCUCUUAAAGAAGAUGCUUCAGGACCAAUAGCCCGAAGGAAACCAUCGUGCCUUAAAAUUUCUCCUUGCCACUCUGCCAGUUUUGGAUACCACCCCAUGAAGCAAAAACUUCAUAACCAUCUAGCAGGAAACAGUAUGACUAUUCCUCCUGCCCACUUUUUGUUUUAAAUAAUGUGUAUGGGUUUUUUUGGGAGGGGUGAGGGUGGGAGCAAAUGUACAUAAUUGCUCUAUAAAGAAUGUUGUGAAUGGACCCAUCUGAAUAAUAAUCUAAAAUAAUAAUUCCUUCCUUUUUGAUGUCUGGUUUCUCUCCAUUUUCCCCAUUUAACCACAACGGCUGCUCAUAUAAACCUCCAAGCGGCCUCAUAGCCCCUCUAAAAGGAUGCAAAUGACCGGCUGUCUGCAAGGAGUAUAAAUCCUUCCAUUCCCCACCAUCCAGUCCAGAGCUGAAGAAGCUCCUGGGAUGAGAAGCGAAAUGUCUUCAAAGAAAAACGAAUCCAGUUGCCUCCUGAGCAGUGGUGGGUUGCGAACCGGUCGGAUCGGGCGAACCAGUAGCGGCGGGAGGCUCCAGCCACCCGCCCGGACAUCUUUGUGCAAAAGAUAGCAAACGAAAUUGAAACCCACUACUGCUCUUGAGCCGUUUGCUGUGCCCGUUAUGCAGCUCUGGGCUACGCAGUCUCUUCUCUGACCAACUGGUGCUGUGACCUAGGCCCAAGUCGUUAUCACCAGACACAAUCAGUCCCAAACAAACAUAAUUUAUUAGAACAGCUGAGAAUUACUUCAUUCUCAGCUUAGUCCAAAUUAAAUCCAAAACAAAAUCCUUCGGAAAAAGUCCUUCGGCCUUAUCACAAACCUUUGUCUUCUUUGGCACCCUGCCGAAGGCUUUUCUUAGCAAAGCCCCACAAAGUUCAGAAACAAGAGAUGCCGACUAGAAACAAUUGGAGCAAUGUUGCUUUCCUACAAAGAGCCGUUGCUGCUCUUUUAAGCCUUAUGGGAGGGGCCAAUCAUCUCCUGGCCUUACUCCCAAGUCAUCCCUUUUGCUUCAACUGCUCUUGCCUUCUAGCAGCUCUUCGCAUGUAUGCAUUAGGAACAGGCUCCUCCUCUUCGUCUGCCUCUCUGCUGUUUGCCUCUGAAGGCUCCGGAGUCCGCGCAUCGCUCCCAGAUGGCUUGGCCCCAUCUCUGCCUCCGACGCAGAGCCCUCGUCUGGACCUUCCCCUGACUCCAGGACUGGCCCAUUGUCCUCCCCAGCCUCAUCACUGUCCGACUCCGCUGCCAGCUCCAUAGGCUGCUGCUGGUGGACCACAACAUCUGGAAGCUUUCAAGAAGUCGACAGGCUCUGCGUCACAAACUGAAGCAAAGUCACAAUGCAGGGAAUCUAGUGCAGGGACGUCUUAGAAUCCAGUUACCGCCUCCCGAGGGGUGACAAAAGAACGAGAGCUGAAUCUCAUUCUCACCUCUGGCCAAGCCGUGCUGGUGAGAGGAUUUUCUUCUUGAAACGUUCAAAUACCCCCCCCCCCACACUUCCAAUUUAGGAAAGUGGGGAGGUGGGGGCUCGCGAACGGCAGAAACUUGCCCAGGCAACUUUAGAAGACCGAGAAUGAAGAAAAGAGGUGUGAAGGAGAGGAAGCGUGCAGUUAAAAACGGAUCUUGAGAAGGGCAGAAUUGCAAGAUGAUUCCGGAAGGCUCCGUUGGCGAGAGGAAGACGGGUGGGGUGUGGAUGAGGAAGACGAUGAAAUGGGGAGGGGGUUUCAAGUAUAGGGUUUCCGGAACAGGUCUUCCCAACUGUAGCAAACCUUUGAAGAUGGGUGGACUUCAAUUCCCAGAAUCCUUUCCAGCCACCAUGGUUGUGAAUCGGGAAGGUUCACUACCAUUUUGAGGUGGGACACCGAUCUAUAUAGUUUCACAUUUUUACCCUAAUCCUAACCCUUAUAUAAGGUGGCUCAGUGGCUAAGACGGUGAGAUUGUCGAUCGAAAAGUCGGCAGUUCAGCGGUUCGAAUCCCGAGAGCCACGUAACUGGGUGAGCUCCCGUGACAUGUCCCAGCUUCUGCCAACCUAGCAGUUCAAAAGCAGGUAAAAAAUGCAAGUAGAAAAACAGGUACCACCGUUGGUGGGAAGGGAACAGCAUUCCGUGCGCCUUUGGCGUUGAGUCAUGGCGGCCACAUGACCACGGAGACGUCUUCGGACAGCGCUGGGCUCUUCGGCUUUGAAACAGAGAUGAGCACCACCCCCUAGAGUCGAGAACGACUAGCACAUAUGUGCGAGGGGAACCUUUACCUUUACCUGACCAUUUUGAGGUGGGACCCUAAUCCUAACUCUUAUAUGGACCCUUGAAAAUGGACUGUGGGUUCUAAUCCUGUCUCUGGGCCAGUCAUUGCUCUUUCUGAAAUUGUUGCCAAUCAAAACUCUCCUCCUCCUCCUCCUCCUCCUCCUCCUCCUCCUCCUCCUCCUCCUCCUCCUCCUCCAAGAAUUGGGAGUGGAGUGAGGUUGAAUUUCAACAGCACCAUGUUGGACUCGAUGGAGAACUAUGCCACAGAUGUCUUUAGCACUCCAUAAAACAUUGAGUUUUGCUUUUACUGCAGUGAAACCAAGAACUAAUUAGUGCUCCUUUCUCCAGUGAGUAAAACCCAAAUGUCACACCAUACUACAGCUAUUAAAUCCCAAGGAAGCGGUCUCUCUGCGCGGGGAUGGUUUCGUCUGCAGCCUUCUUAUCGGGUUUCCCUGUUGCAAUUGGCAAGACUCUGUGAUUUCAAGAUGGCGGUUCAAUGGACCAACACGCCAUCACGAGAAUAAAGGGCUACCACCUGCCAAGGGAGUGCAGAAUAAUUCUCAGCGGCCAUCAAGCAAAGUGACAUUAGUUCCUCUCUGGGUUGGUUUGUUGGUUGGUUUGUCCAGUGGGAACUUCCCACAUCUUGCCCAACCUCAGCAUUGAAAACAAUGUCUCUAAAUUGAAAUGUUUGUUUUUUUUAAUUGAAAAAGUUUUUACAAAAAUUUUCACCCCCAUUUCCCCCCCUCCCCCCACUCUAUGCCCUCCCCCCUCCCUC